GUAACUAAUGGCAACUUUACUUGGGACCCAGAAAGCACCACACCAGUUAUGUCAGAUAUUAACAUUGAAAUACCAGCAGGAAAACUUACCAUGAUUAUCGGUCAAGUUGGGUGUGGCAAGUCGUCUCUGCUUUCUGCUAUUCUGGGAGAAAUGACCACCAUUUCUGGCAAAGUUGAAAUAAACAGAGAAAAAGGGAGCAUUGCUUUAGCGGCACAGAAGCCUUGGCUCGUGAAUGCCUCCCUGCAAGACAACAUACUCUUCUCGAGGGAACUGGACCAACAGAGGUACAAAGGUGUUAUUAACGCCUGCGCUUUGAGUCCAGACAUAGAAAUCUUGCCCGGCGGUGACCAGACUGAGAUCGGGGAGAAAGGAAUCAAUUUAAGCGGCGGACAGAAGCAACGAGUCAGCGUAGCCAGGACCAUGUACUCCGGGCGAGAUAUAAUCAUUCUGGAUGACCCGUUGUCGGCUCUUGACGUUCAUGUGGGUCGUCAUCUCUUCGAGGAGGGAAUUGUCAGCUGGCUUCUCAAUAACAAUCAAACGGUGAUUCUCGUCACGCAUCAACUCCAGUAUCUCAGGAGAGCUGAUUUGAUUAUUCAUCUCAAGGACGGGAGGGUGGCAGCCAUGGGUGGCCUUGAUGACCUCAAUAAGGCUGACCCCGAGACCUACAGCAGCUGGAGUCAGGCAGUCGCACAGGAGAAGGAAGAAGCGGAGGCGGGGUUGGAUUCGGAGCACGUGGGGGAGGCCGAGGAGGAACGGGAAGCCCUCAAGAGGCAGUUGUCCAAGAAGGGCAGCUUCAUCAAAUCGAUGUCCAAAGAAGAGGAAAAGAGUGAUGGCAAGCUGAUAGAGACGGAGGAGCAAGCCCAGGGAUCCGUCUCGUUCAAGGUGUACUUUUACUACAUGAGGAGUGCCGGCUGGGCUGCCAUCGCCUUCGUGCUCUUCCUGAGGUCUGCGACGGCAGCGCUGACCAUUGGCAAUUCCUUCUGGUUGUCUGCUUGGUCUGAGGCAGGAUUGUCUAAUAGUUCAAGAACGACAGGGGAGUAUCUGGGUGGUUAUGCAGGUCUGUCCGUAGCAACCAUUGUCGGUCAGAUCGUGUCCUACACUUCUCUGGUGAUGGCCGCGCUGAUUGCUUCAACGGGUCUCCAUCAAAAUAUGCUUCGCAAUGUUAUACGAGCGCCACUGAGAUUUUUCGAUACUACUCCGAUCGGAAGAAUCCUAAAUCGAUUCUCAAGCGACCUUCAAAUGGUAGACACCCGGCUCGGCCAGUCGUUGAGCAGUCUACUCAGCUGUUUCUUCCAGUGUCUCUCCGCCAUUAUCGUCAACACAGUCGUCAUGCCCUUCUUUAUAGUCUUCGUCAUUCCCAUCGCCAUCUGCUAUUACUUCGUACAGAAGUAUUUCAUUACGACCUCCAGGGAGCUUCAGCGUAUCGACAGUACGAGUAAGUCCCCAAUCUUUGCAUAUUUCUCCGAGACUCUGGGUGGACUGUCGACCAUUCGGGCGUAUGGAGAGGAACAGCGUUUCUACAAUACCCUAAUAUAUCGCAUUGAUAGAAAUUUGCGACCGUAUUUGUAUCUCCAAGCUGCAAACCGAUGGUUGGGUACCAGGCUGGAGUUGAUCGGCACUUUAAUCGUACUGUUGGCUGGCUUGUCGACACUGGUUGGCGCACUCACGUUUAACGUUGAUCCAAGUUUAGUGGGACUCGGUAUAACCUACUCGCUACAGAUUGCGGGUUAUCUCAACUGGCUUGUAAGGAACGUGGCAGAUACGGAACUGCAGAUGAACAGCGUUGAACGUAUCAAGUUUUAUACGGAUGUGGACACUGAGCCGUAUGAAGGUAAGGCACCGGUAUCUGAUUGGCCAAUGGAGGGGGAUAUCCGUUUCGAAGAUGUGUCAGUUCGUUACGCCAAGGAUCUUGAUGCUGUCUUAAAGCGCAUCUCGCUGUGUUUCAAAAAAGGAGAAAAGGUUGGAAUAUGUGGCAGGACUGGCAGUGGAAAAUCAACUCUGACCUUGGCUCUACUUAGAGUAAUUGACAUCUUUGAAGGUCGAAUUCUGAUUGACGGUGUUGAUAUCUCGACUGUGCCUCUGACCAUACUGCGAAGUAAGCUGUCCAUCAUCCCGCAAGAUCCUGUCUUAUUCACAGGGUCAAUAAGAGUUAAUCUCGAUCCAGAUAUGAAGAGAUCUGACGAAGAAUUAUGGGAGGCACUUGAGAUCGCCCAACUCAAGGAUGUGGUCUCUCAGCUUGAAGACGGACUAGAGUCCAAAGUGACUGAGGGAGGAGAGAAUUUCAGCGUCGGCCAGCGGCAGCUGUUCUGCUUAGCUCGUGCCUUCCUGCGCAAGUCACGCAUCCUCGUCAUGGACGAAGCUACAGCCUCUAUCGACUUGGAGACGGACAAGAUUCUACAGAACGUAGUCGCUACGGCCUUCGCAGACAGGACGGUUAUAACUAUUGCACACCGUAUCGCCACCAUCAUGGAUUCCGACAGCAUCCUAGUCUUGGAUGAUGGUCGGGUGGCCGAGUAUGGAAGCCCCUCGGAGCUGUUGGCCGACGAGAACGGACUCUUCGCAUCUCUAGUCAAGGAAUAGACCAAUCGGAAUUUUUCUUUUUGAAAAGAGUUUGGUAUUAUAAAGUCUACAAAUUGGUAAUUAAUUUUUUUAAAGAGCAAAAUUAAUUAUUAUCAAAAAUAUUACACCAUUAAUGUUCGAGAGUGUUUUUAUUGAAGGGAUUUAAAAUUAGCCACCGUUGUAACUUGUUUACACUUGUGUCCUUGUUGGGUAGAGUGAAACAAACUUACAGUAAUCAUAACACGUAAAACUAUUUGAGGCAGAUGAGGAGCAAAGGAUGACUAUGACAUUCAAAGCGAGAGAUUAUUGCCGCCAUAAAAUUAACCCACAAUUAAAGUUUUGGCAUUUUCAUAAUUUUAAGUAGAGACAUUAUUUUUAAAGCGUAAGGAAAGAUUUAAACAAACAGGGUUUUGAAUAACUAUAAUUACGUAAACAUAAGUACAUUCAAGUAUUUUUGUGGUGGUAUUUUGAGAUGAUAUUUUAUGUGAUAUCUUCAUGUACUUUGUGUCAAAUUCUGAUUUAUAGUUCUGAAUAAUCAUUUCUCUUGACAAACCACUCGCCUAGUAGGAAGUGAUUACUUUUUGUAAAUUAAUACUUGCUUAGUUACUAAUGGCAUAUUAAAGAAAACUGCUUUCUGGGGUUUGUUAUAGUCUCAGUAAUGUUUAAUUCAAUUUUUUUAUACGCUAAGGCAAAUUCACUAGCGUGACGGUAAUUACUACUGUUGCGGUAAAUACACGAGUAAAAGAAAACAAUUCUUUGUGAAAAUAUUUCUUCGAUCUUAAAGUCAGGAUUCAGAAAUCUUUUGAACAUUACAAUGAAUGGGUAUGAAAUAAAUAAUAUUACCUCAGGUCACAUAUUGUCAGUCAA